AUGAUUUACUUUAAAUCAAUAGAUUUAUAUAUUAUUUCUUAUUAUAAUUUUACUAUAAACUGUGAAUAUGCUUAUGGAGGAUAUAUAUAUAGCGAAAGUAAUUCGGAUUGCACUCAAAAAAUAACAACAACAUACAAUCCGACAUCAUCAUUUCCAUUUUUUGCUAUUUUCAAAUCAAAUUUAACAUUAACAAGUCACAUAGACGAAGAUGCACCUAGUGCUAAUCUUCACAUAAACCAAACAGGAUCAUUGAAUAUAACCUAUAUUUCUUUUAAUAUAUUUCAAAUAAACCAAACUAACCAAAUAGAUUCCACGUUAUUUCAAGUAUUUGAUCCAGAAACAGAUGCAAUUAAAAAUAACCAGAAGUUAUUAAACUCAUUAUCCAAAGAAUCUUCAGACUUAAUAGGUGAUUCUGAAUAUGCAAAUACCUAUGUAGCAGGACCAGGGAAUUUACAUAUUUUCAGAUACACUAAACAAAUCCGUGAAGUACUUAUUGAUAUACCAAAAAGCUUAUUCUCUUUGAGUCCUCAACAUGAGCAAAUACCAUAUAUUACUUCAAGUCUUGCAACUGUCUCCAUGCCAUUUUUAGCAAAUCAAACCAUUCUUUCGAUAGGUUGCGCGUCAACUACAGUUAUAACCGAAGAAGAAAAAUUAGUUUUAACUCUUUUUGAUGUUUUCGGUUUUGUUGGAGGUUUAUUUACAUUGGCCAUUACAAUCAAUAUAUUUCUAUUUGGCGAACCCACUAAAAAUCCAUGGGGGAUUGUACAAUCAUUUCCUUGCUGUGGUAUCAAGAAAAGAGUUCGAACCAUCCUCUACGAACAUCUAAAAGAUCAGAUUCCAUUUGCUGAUGAAGGUGUACAUUUAGACCAUCCUCCUGAAAGACUUGACGAUAGAUUAAAUGCAAUCGAACAACGACAUAAAGCUUUAGAAUUUUUUCUUCGAGAUUAUGUAGUUAAUGUUAACAUUCUUUUUGAUAAAGAUGUUAACAAUAAAUUUUAUAACUAUUCAAAAAUCGAAAAUGAUAAAGUAUUAAAAACCGAAGAAUUAGAGUAA